AUGCCGGACCACCCAAUUGAGCAAGGCGCCGCUGGCAGCCUCACCGACAAGAUCGCAAAGGAGUCCUCCGACUCAACCGCAUCCUCGCACGACAACCACGCCGAGGGGGGAAACCUACACGCUUCAGCUCACAAUUCCAAGGGCCCAGCCAUUCCGGACAACAUGCCCAAGGCGGAGAGCAAGGAGGACCUCAAGAAGAGGGCUGAGGAGUUGAACAAAUAG